GAAACCGGGGACAGUGGAGCAAGUGGCUUCUCGCACAGUGUGCCCUACCGAUCCCCCAUUUAUAUCCCCCUCCCGCCUGUCGCCGGGUGAUCCAUCAGGUAAACUCCUCGAUUCCAAGACCACCGGCGAUGGGUUCUCUCAGGUUCAAGACCAUCGACAAGUGUAGCUCCGAUGGAAGGCUGGAGCAGACUGUGGCGGCGGAUCUCGACGGCACACUUCUCAUAUCUGGCAGCGCCUUCCCUUACUACAUGCUCAUGGCCAUCGAAGCCGGCAGCCUCCUGAGGGGACUACUCCUCCUCUUGUCGGUGCCGGUGGUGUACGUCGUCUACGUGUUCUUCUCGGAGUCGCUGGCCAUACAAAUUCUGGUGUUCAUCUCCUUCGCGAGGAUAAAGGUGAGGGACAUCGAGAUGGUGGCGCGCUCCGUGUUGCCGAGGUUCUACGCGGAGGACGUCCACCCCGAGACGUGGAGGGUGUUCAGCUCCUUCGGCAGGAGGUACGUGGUGACGGCAAACCCCACGGUCAUGGUGGAGCCCUUCGUGAAGAGCUUCCUCGGCGCCGACAAGGUGCUGGGGACGGAGCUGGAGGUGACCAAGUCGGGGCGAGCCACCGGGUUCAUCAAGAAGCCCGGAGUGCUCGUCGGGGCCCUGAAGAAGAAGGCCGUCGAGAUGGAGCUCGGGGCGAGCUCGCCUGACGUGGGCAUUGGCGACAGGGAGACCGAUCACGACUUCAUGUCCAUUUGCAAGGAAGCAUACAUGGCGCCGCACACCAAAUGCACUCCGGUGCCGAAGAUGCAGCUCCUGAACCGGGUGGUCCUCCACGACGGUCGCCUGGUGCAGCGGCCGACGCCCCUGGUGGCGCUGCUCACCUACCUGUGGAUACCCUUGGGCUUCGCCCUGUCGCUCCUCCGGGUGUACAUCAACCUCCCCCUCCCCGAGCGCAUCGUGUUCCACAACUACCGGAUCAUGGGCAUCCGCCUGGUGGUGAAGGGCACGCCGCCGCCGCCGCCCAAGAAGGGCCACCCGGGCGUGCUCUUCGUGUGCAACCACCGCACGGUGCUGGACCCCAUCGUCACCGCCGUCGCCCUCCGCCGCAAGAUCAGCUGCGUCACCUACAGCAUCAGCAGGUUCUCGGAGCUCAUCUCCCCCAUCAAGGCCGUGGCGCUGUCGCGGGAGAGGGACAAGGACGCGGAGCACAUCAAGCGCCUGCUGGAGGAAGGCGACCUGGUGAUCUGCCCCGAGGGGACGACGUGCAGGGAGCCGUUCCUGCUGAGGUUUAGCGCCCUGUUCGCGGAGCUCACCGACCGGAUCGUGCCGGUGGCCAUCAACACGACGCAGAGCAUGUUCCACGGCACGAGCGCUAGGGGGUGGAAGCUCUUCGACCCCUACUUCUUCUUCAUGAACCCCCGGCCCACCUACGAGAUCACCUUCCUGAACCAGCUACCCAAGGAGCUCACCUGCGCCGGCGGCAAGUCCCCCAUCGAGGUCGCCAACUACAUACAGCGCGUGCUCGCCAGCACGCUGGGCUUCGAGUGCACCAACUUCACAAGGAAGGACAAGUACGGCCUGCUCGCCGGCACCGAUGGCCGAGUCCGCCCCAGGAAGGAGGAGGAGGAGGCGGAGGACAAAGAGAAGGAGAAGGCGUAGCAGCAGCUCACGCCAUUCCCAACACAAACAACAGAUUGUUCUGCUGGGCGUUCUCUAAGACGUGAUUGCAUUGGGUUGACUUGGUACAGAACUCAUCAACCGCCUCUGCGCAUGACACCUAGGAUUUAUAUUUAUCAGCAAUCAAUCUCAAUCUCCUGUCUCUUAAGUUAGUCUUCCUUGCAGUGGAGGGAGGUUGGGUCUUGUCCAUUAUUGUUGAGGUAAGGAAGUCUUUAUGUUUCUAUAUGACGUUUCUGGAAUCA